CCCCCCCAAAAAAAAAAUGAUGCUGAGGCGAGUGCUGCAACAAGCUUCCAUCCGGCGCCAUAUUGCCAAGUCCUACUACUUGGCUCCUCAUCUAUCUUCACCUUCUUUGGAUCCCAAAUGUUUUUUCUCUUCUUCUUCCCAAAUUCCCAACAGUUCUUUCGUCGAACAAUUAGAGGACGCAAACCAAACCACUUCUCAACCCAGUGCCACCCUCUCCAUCGAUCGCUCUGGUCUAUACACUCCACCUGAGCAUUCUCAUGAACCUACUACCUCUGAUUCCGAGCUCGUCAAGCAUCUUAAAGGCAUCAUCAAGUUCCGGGGUGGUCCAAUCUCGGUUGCUGAGUAUAUGGAGGAAGUUUUGACCAAUCCUAAAGCUGGAUUCUAUAUUAAUCGAGAUGUGUUUGGAGCAGAAGGUGAUUUUAUCACCUCUCCUGAAGUGAGCCAGAUGUUUGGAGAGAUGGUUGGUGUUUGGGCAAUGUGCUUGUGGGAGCAAAUGGAGCAACCAAAAAAAGUUAAUCUAGUUGAGCUAGGCCCAGGAAGAGGAACUCUUAUGGUGGAUCUUCUUCGUGGUGUGUCAAAGUUUAAAAACUUCAUCGAGUCAUUGCAUGUACACUUGGUGGAGUGUAGUCCAACAUUGCAGAAACUUCAACACCAGAACUUGAAAUGUGUUGACGAAGAUAUUACGGACCAGGUUGAUAAAAGGACUAUUAGUACAUUGGCCCAAACACCGGUAUCAUGGCAUGCUGCAUUGGAGCAAGUUCCUUCAGGAGUGCCAACAAUUAUAAUUGCGCACGAAUUCUAUGAUGCUUUACCGGUUCAUCAGUUUCAGAGGGCUUCUCGGGGCUGGAGUGAGAAAAUGGUUGAUGUUUCAGAAGAUUCAACGUUUCGUUUUGUUCUAUCUCCACAGCCUACACCUGCAACUCUCUAUCUCGCAAAACGCUGCAAGUGGGCCUCAACUGAAGAAGUAACAAAACUUGAUCAAAUUGAGGUUUGCCCCAAGGCAAUGGAACUGACUCAAACUAUUGCCGAUAGAAUCAGUUCUGAUGGAGGUGGGGCUCUUAUAAUUGAUUAUGGCACGAAUGGAAUAGUCUCCGAUAGUCUGCAGGCCAUUCGAAAACAUAAAUUUGUCAACAUUCUCGAUAAUCCAGGCUCAGCAGAUCUCAGUGCGUAUGUUGAUUUUGCUUCAAUUAGGCAUUCCGCCGAGGAAGUAUCAGGAGGUGUGGCUGUUUAUGGCCCAAUUACACAGUCUCAGUUCCUUGGUUCUCUCGGAAUAAAUUUUCGAGUGGAUGCUUUGUUGCCGAACUGCACAGAUGAGCAAGCAGAGUCUCUAAGGACUGGAUAUUGGCGACUGGUGGGGGAAGGUGAAGCUCCCUUCUGGGAGGGACCGGAUGAAGAGGCACCAAUUGGAAUGGGUACUCGCUACUUAGCCAUGGCUAUUGUGAACAAGAAACAAGGUGUUCCAGUUCCCUUUCAGUUAACUCUGAAAUGAUCCGUCUUUGUUUGUAGAUUAGCCAUUGAUAUUGUUUUUAAACCAACUUCAUCGUUACAAAGAAACAAGUUGCAAGUGUUGCACAAAUUUUUAAUUUUUAUAAGUGGCAGUCCAAAUUUUGUAAUAGUUGGUUUUUUUUUUUAUUCUUCAAAUUUGUCUUAUUUGUCGGUCAUAUAUCGUUCCUGUCGCAAAAACCAUAUUUUUUCGACAAAAAGCAGUUAUGGAACAAUUGUUAAUAAGGUGGAAUUAUCAUCUGUCUAUAUAGAAUUCAAUUUU